UGUUGGGGAAAUUGCAUGCAUGCAGGGUUUUCUUAAUGAUCAGUUCGUUGAAUUGGAGAAAUUGGAGGAUGAUCGGGACAACCCCGCCUUCGUCGAGAGUAUGGUCAACUUGUUUCUCAGUCAGACCCCAGAUGAAAUAACUUGCAUUGAACAAGCAUUGGAGGAAACCCCGCUUGAUCUCGUUGAGCUGAAUAGGUGUAUUUAUAAGUUCAAAGGCAGUAUUGUCAGCAUUGGUGCUAAGAGGGUGGACGCAGAAAUUGUUAAAAUGUUGGCUUGUUUGAGGGAAGAUGCCAUUGACAUUGGAGGCUGUUGCGACCUAAAGAUCUACCUUCCGAGUCGGAUGACUCUAACUCCCCAAAAAAUGAAGGAACGUCCACAAGCGGAGACAAGGAAGAAGUUGGAUCAAAGCCGUCGGUAG